AUGACGGACAUCGCAGAGUCCAACAAAAUGGAAACGCAGCAGACCAACGGCGACUAUGGCACCCUUGAUACGCAUGGCGACACUCACUCGACCGCCAAUACGGUGCACCAGCGGCUGCGAGCCAACAGCUCGAUCAUGCAACUCAAGAAGCUGCUCGUAGCCAAUCGAGGCGAGAUCCCAAUCCGUAUCUUCCGUACCGCACACGAGCUGUCUCUCCAGACAGUAGCCAUCUACAGCUAUGAAGACCGUCUCUCCAUGCACAGGCAGAAAGCCGAUGAGGCAUAUGUGAUUGGCAAGCGAGGCCAGUAUACGCCUGUUGCUGCUUACUUGGCCAUUGACGAGAUCAUCAAGAUCGCCAAGGACCAUGUGUCUCAAGACGUGAACAUGAUCCACCCCGGCUACGGUUUUCUGAGCGAAAACUACGAAUUCGCGAAGAAGGUUGAGGAGGCAGGCUUGAUCUGGAUCGGUCCUGCACCAGAGACGAUCAACAGCCUCGGUGACAAAGUGUCCGCUCGUGAGCUGGCCAUGAAGUGCAAGGUGCCUUGUGUUCCUGGCACGCCAGGACCUGUAGCCAAGUUCGAAGAGGUGAAGAGCUUCACGGAUGAGCACGGCUUCCCUAUCAUUAUCAAGGCUGCCUUCGGUGGUGGUGGGCGUGGCAUGCGUGUGGUAUGGAAGCAGGAAGAGCUCAAAGACGCCUUCGAGCGUGCAACAUCCGAAGCUAAAUCCGCGUUCGGUAACGGCACGGUAUUCGUCGAACGCUUCCUGUACAGGCCCAAGCACAUCGAGGUGCAACUCCUCGGCGACAACCACGGCAAUGUCGUGCACUUGUACGAGCGUGACUGCUCCGUACAGCGGCGACACCAGAAGGUAGUCGAGCUGGCGCCAGCAAAAGAUCUGCCUGCGGAAACGCGAGACGCUAUCCUCAACGACGCUGUCAAGCUCGCCAAGUCCGUUAACUACCGCAAUGCGGGUACCGCAGAGUUCUUGGUCGACCAAGACAACCGCUACUACUUCAUCGAAAUCAACCCACGUAUCCAAGUCGAGCACACCAUCACCGAAGAGAUCACCGGCAUCGACAUCGUUGCGGCGCAGAUACAAAUCGCAGCUGGCGCGUCACUGCAACAGCUCGGCCUCACACAGGAUAGUAUCUCCACGCGAGGUUUCGCUGUCCAAUGUCGUAUCACCACCGAAGACCCGUCGCAGGCCUUCAAGCCCGACACUGGCAAGAUCGAAGUCUAUCGCUCAGCUGGUGGCAACGGUGUUCGCCUGGAUGGCGGUAAUGGCUUUGCGGGUGCUAUCAUCACGCCGCACUACGACUCCAUGCUGGUGAAGUGCACUUGCCACGGAUCUACCUACGAAAUUGCUCGCCGGAAGAUGCUCCGCGCACUUGUCGAAUUCCGUAUCCGUGGUGUCAAGACCAACAUUCCUUUCCUGGCGUCUCUGCUUACACAUCAAACCUUCAUUGACAGCAAGUGCUGGACAACCUUCAUUGAUGACACUCCGGAACUCUUCACUCUCAUCGGCAGCCAGAAUCGCGCGCAGAAGCUGUUGGCUUAUCUCGGAGACCUUGCGGUCAAUGGCAGCCAGAUCAAGGGCCAGAUCGGCGAAUCGAAGUUCAAGGGUGAUAUUAUUAUGCCUUCUCUGGACAACUCAUCGACCCACAAGCCCAUCGAUGUGUCAGUGCCAUGCAAGGAAGGAUGGAGAAACAUCAUUGUCGAGAAGGGUCCCGAAGCGUUUGCCAAGGCCGUAAGAGCACACAAAGGCUGUUUGAUCAUGGACACUACAUGGCGUGACGCUCACCAGUCACUGCUUGCAACCCGAGUCCGGACUGUGGACAUCUGCAACAUUGCGAAAGAGACGAGCUACGCUCUCAGCAACGCUUGGGCGCUCGAGUGCUGGGGUGGAGCCACCUUUGACGUCGCGAUGCGCUUUUUGUACGAGGAUCCAUGGGACCGACUACGGAAGAUGAGGAAGCUGGUGCCCAACAUCCCGUUCCAGAUGCUGCUCCGGGGUGCCAACGGUGUGGCGUACUCGUCGUUGCCGGAUAAUGCGAUUUACCAUUUCUGCGACCAAGCAAAGAAGAACGGGAUGGAUAUCUUCCGUGUUUUCGAUGCGUUGAACGAUAUGGAUCAGCUUGAGGUCGGAGUCAAGGCCGUGCUGAAGGCGGGUGGUGUCGCAGAAGGCACCAUCUGCUACAGUGGUGACAUGCUGAACCCGCAGAAGAAGUACAACCUGGAGUAUUACAUGAGCCUGGUGGAGAAGAUCGUGAACAUGGGCGCGCACAUUCUCGGCAUAAAAGAUAUGGCCGGAGUUCUGAAGCCGCGUGCAGCCACUCUGCUGGUUGGCAACAUUCGGAAGCGAUACCCAGACUUACCGAUACACGUUCAUACGCACGACUCGGCGGGCACGGGUGUCGCAUCGAUGGUGGCUUGUGCGCAAGCCGGAGCGGAUGCCGUCGAUGCGGCGACGGACAGCAUGUCCGGUAUGACAUCGCAGCCCAGCUUGGGCGCUAUCGUGGCGUCCCUGGAGGGUAGCGAACAUGAUCCGGGCCUCGAUGCGCACCAUCUCCGCCAAAUUGACGGCUACUGGGCCCAAGUCCGCCUCCUCUACUCGCCCUUCGAGGCCGGCUUAACUGGGCCUGACCCGGAAGUCUACGAGCAUGAAAUCCCUGGCGGGCAGCUCACCAACCUCAUCUUCCAAGCUUCGCAGCAAGGUCUGGGCGCAAUGUGGGCGCAGACCAAGAAAGCGUACGAGCAGGCCAACGACCUGCUUGGCGACAUUGUCAAGGUCACACCCACCUCAAAGGUCGUGGGUGACUUGGCGCAGUUCAUGGUUUCGAACAAGCUAAGCUAUCAGGAUACAAUCGACAAAGCGGACCAACUCGACUUCCCAUCCUCCGUGCUCGAGUUCUUCGAAGGCCUCAUGGGUCAGCCUUACGGUGGCUUCCCGGAACCUUUACGCAGCAAGGCCCUCCGCGACCGACGCAAGAUGGACAAGCGGCCAGGCCUCUACCUCGAGCCCAUGAACUUCGACGCCAUCCGCAAGAAGCUGAAGGAGCAGUAUGGCGGUGCUUCCGAGACGGAUGUCGCGUCCUACGCCAUGUACCCGAAGGUGUUUGAGGACUACAAGAAAUUUACGGAGAAGUAUGGCGAUCUUUCCGUGCUGCCGACAAAGUACUUCCUCAAUCGGCCUGAAAUUGGGGAGGAAUUCAGUAUUGAGCUGGAGAAGGGUAAGGUGUUGAUCAUGAAGAUGCUUGCUAUCGGUCCGCUUAGCGAGCAGACCGGGCAGAGGGAGGUCUUCUACGAGAUGAAUGGUGAGGUCAGACAGGUGACUGUUGAUGACCAGCAUGCGGCUGUGGAGAACAAGUCGCGGCCGAAGGCGGAUGCGGGUGAUAGCUCGCAGGUCGGCGCGCCCAUGAGUGGUGUGGUUGUUGAGGUGAGAGUGAAGGAUGGCGGCGAGGUCAACAAGGGUGAUCCGAUUGCUGUGCUUAGUGCUAUGAAGAUGGAAAUGGUUAUCAGUGCGCCGCACUCCGGCAAGAUUGGCAACUUGGGUGUCAAGGAAGGUGACUCGGUUGAUAGCCAGGACUUGGUCUGCAAGAUCGUGAAGUAG